AUGGAUGAGUCUAAUAUACAAAGGAAAUCACUGCCCGUGGAAAAUAGCUGCUCAUUGAUAACCAAAUUGAAUAAUUCUGUUUGUACUAAUACCAGUUCUUAUGAAGAAAUUUCCCCUGAAAACUGCUCAGUAGAUCAUGAAGCAGAUUUGAAGCACUCCAGAGAGGUAGUUGCUUACUUCAUUCAUCGGGACAGUUUGAUGCAUGAAGAAGAACAACUUCAUGAUGAGGAAAAGACUGGCAGUGACGCCUUACAACAGGCUGGAGAAGUACUUGGCCAGAGUGCUCAAAGUGCAAUGGAUGUUGAAGUUCUUUGCAUGGAUCAUUUAAGAAAAAGUAGUGAUACUAGAGACUCCUCUUCUGAAGCUGCAACUCUAUGUAAACCAGGAAAAACCCAUGCAUUGAUAAGAGAUGAAGCUCAAGUUUUAUCAAGUGCUGAUCCUAAAGCAACAGAAACCCCUCAUUUAGGUGAUCACUUCCUUAUUUGUACUUGUCUGUUAUCCCCACUGAAGUAUGGCCAGCCAAUGGUUGUACAGGUGAAAGGGGAACUGGGAGGUCUGCAAAGAAACCUGAUAAAGGAAGGACUGCAAAAGAGGAGGCAUCCAAACGUGAGAAGGUCCGAGAAAUACAGAAAAAUCUACCCUCCAUGCUUUAAUCACCUGAGGAAAUGGCUACUGCCAAUAUUUGAAGAGUAUGGUCGCGGCUGUAUUAUUUAA